CCACAUCAUGUCUUGAAACACAGCUUCAUCGCCAUUGAUUUCCACGCCGCAACCCAUUCAAAUUACCUCCCCUUUUUGUCUACCUAUAAUUCGUUCUCUUCUUCAAUGUCCCAAGUUAGCCCUCCUCUCCAAAUCGCAGUGUACAUCGCGGCACAUGGAUUUGGACAUUUCACCCGCACACUCAAUCUUCUCUCUCUCUUAUCACAUUCUAAGAAGUACAACUUUCACAUUCGCACCUCAUCAUCACUACACACGGAACCACUAGCAUACGCUUUACACCCCAGCAUCGUCCAAACAAAUCCCUACCAGCUAGACGCGGAACAGUCACUCCACUCUCUCGCCAACUUUGACCCCUCCCUCCCGCUAGCAGAAGAGACCAAGUUCCUAAAAGAGCACAACAUCCAAGCCAUCAUCGCAGAUGCCCACUCCCUACCAUGUCUGCUUGCACAGACCGUUGGAAUCUCGUCAAUCCUCAUCACCAACUUCACUUUCGACAGCAUAUUCCAAGCUAUCCUAGAUAGUGACCCAACAUGCACGAACAAGGCGGCGCUCCAGCUGAAAAUCGACGAGAUGACGCAUCAGUACGCACUUGCGCACUCCGUUAUUCGAUUACCAGGACACAUCUCCUUCCCCUUCUCCGGCCCGCAAAUAAUAGACGCACCAAUGCACUCCAGGAAAGCGCUGCAGACUCGGAGCGAGACGUUGGCUGGGCUAGGGCUGCAGUGUCUGGAGAGUAAGAAGAUCUUGCUCAACUGUUUCGGCGGGCAUAAUUCAGAUUCCCUUUCUGGGGUUCCAAAGUUGCCAGAGGGGUGGGCGUGCAUCAGCCAGACGAUCCAUUCUCCGCCGCUCUUCUAUAAGAUCUCGCAUAAUGUGUAUAUGCCUGAUCUCAUUGGGGCGUGUGAUGUUGUGCUUGGGAAGCUUGGGUGGGGGACGUGCAGUGAGGUCAUUGGGAAUGGGUAUAAGCCAUUUAUUUAUGUCCCGCGGAGUGCUUUUAUUGAGGAGGCUGGCUUGCUGAGGUGGAUGGAGAGCGCGCAUCGAAGGAUUGUGAGGCUAGAAGUGGAUGAGUAUGAGAGCAUGGACUGGCGGGGGGCGAUUGGAGAGGCGGAGAAGGUGGUCACUUCAAGUUCUGUGUCUGCGAAGAAUUGGGAGAAGGAUGAUGCGGAGUUGGUUCGGAUUUUUGUAGACGCAUUAGAAGGUGCAUUGAAUUGAAUUGUACGUGAACAGCGCCCUUUGUAAGAAAAGUAGUCCAGGCCGUGAAUUCAUCUUGUAGGUAGGUGGUACUGAAGAACAAACGGAACAAACAGAACAAUCAAUAAAAAUAAAACCGUC